AUGACAGCAGGGAAGCGCUCGCGUCCCAACAUUCCGGGCGUGACGAAUCCGAGUACCACCGCCAAGCGGACCAACGUGCAAGAACCCAUCACGAAAUAUAUGAAGAAAUCUCCGGCCGUUGGUCCUGCCACUCCUGCUCCGCCAAGCGCCCCCCAAGCUACCCCACAGCCAUCUCCUCCUCCCGCGGAUCAAUCUCCCACUCCUACUACAAACACUCCACCGGAGAUAAUUCCGGUUAGCAGUGAGAAGGCGGGCGGAGAAAGCUCCGGUGGCAAGGGCCCUGCCCCUGAAGAAACUGAAGUACCAAGCCGUGAGGAAGCAGAGGUCAACUCCUCCGGCAAAGCUGAAGCUGCAGCAAGUGACAUGGCCGUUUUCCCCAAGAACUUUGGAGAUCCGGCUGACCUUAGCUCCACCCCUAAAGCCUAUGCCACAAAGUUUUUCAACAAACUCACAGAGGUGGAAAAAUGGGAGCUGGAGCAAGAUCUGCUUAACUCUAUGUUGAACAAUGCCUGGGGUAAACCCGAUGCCGAGACGUCAGAAAUCCAGAGUUUCAAGAAGGAAACCGGCCAGUUCCUCGACAAGCUUCUUUGCAAGCGAAAGGAACAGCAGGCUCUGCACUACGAGCUGCACAAAAAUAUUGCUCUUCAGCGUCGCGUUUCCCUCAGCCAGGCGGAAAAAAUUCAACAUUUCAAAGAGGAGAAUGCGGAUCUGAAGAAGCAGUUGUUAGAAGCCCAAGGUGCAUCCUCGUCCCUCGCUGCAGCCUCCUCCGAGCUAGAAACUCUGCGCGCCUCCCAGAAGACUCUUGAGGCAAAACUUGCCGAGACGGAGAAAAAGCUUGCUGAGAAAAGCUCGGAGCUUAUCCGCAAAGAGGGCGAAUUCCAGCUCAAGAGGAAAACUGACAGUGAAACCAUCAAGGAGCAGCAAAAAGAGCUGGGGGACUCCGGAAAUACAUGGAGACAUCGGAAAAUUGCUGGGACCUGCUGA